CGAGAGGAAGGACUGGCGGGGGUUACCCAUGCCGCCGUGGAGGGUAAACUCGCGCCUGUGCUUAGUGCUUUGCGAGUUCCGUGAGGCGUCAUAUUCCCGGCUCCCGUACGACACUAUUCUAUAAACUGGGGAAGCGAGGCCCAGAGGUUGGAAGCAGUUACUUUAACAAAAGAUUGGAGCAAGUAAUUAACCAAAUCUCAGCGCAGAGGCCAAAUACAAAGGUGCUGGCAGCCAGUACCUGUGCGCAGCUCCGCCCCUCUUCAAAAGGCGAAGCAACCUGGCCUGACCCUUCCCGCGACCCGUCGUGAGGCAGAGCGAGCGCGGAAGGCUUGGUGGGCAGCGCUGCGCCAUGGAACCCGACGGGACCUAUGAGCCGGGCUUCGUGGGUAUUCGAUUCUGCCAGGAAUGUAACAACAUGCUUUACCCCAAGGAGGACAAAGAGAACCGCAUUCUGCUCUACGCGUGCCGGAAUUGUGACUACCAGCAGGAAGCUGACAACAGCUGCAUCUACGUGAACAAAAUCACGCACGAAGUGGAUGAACUGACCCAGAUCAUCGCUGACGUGUCCCAGGACCCUACGUUGCCGCGGACCGAGGACCACCCAUGCCAAAAGUGCGGUCACAAGGAGGCGGUGUUCUUCCAGUCACAUAGUGCCCGUGCCGAGGACGCUAUGCGCUUGUACUACGUGUGCACAGCCCCACACUGUGGCCACCGCUGGACGGAGUGAACCACCUUCCCUCAGUAAAAAAUGCUCCGUUCUG